CUUCCGGUUGCUAGGGCCCGUGCCCUUGGCCUCAGGCCAGGCCUUGCGGCGGGGGUGGGGGUCGAGGGUAGUUAAUCUAGGUGCUUUCCCGGCGGACUGCUUCUCGCGGGAGACUCGCAACCUGCCUUGACCUUUACCUCGCUGCCUCAAUUCCGAGGAAAAGAUGAAAGAGGAAAAGCCGGUCGUUUUGAGAAGCAGCUGAUUGCCUUGAAGGAUAGUGUAGGGGUCCAGCGCAUCUUCUCCAAUAAUACGGAAGGAAAAUUACCGGCAUCAAGGGGGACGUACUAACAGGGACCAUACCUUGAGCGCUUGUGUGCAAAGUUAUCUUUGGGGGAUAAAACGGCCCAUUUAUGCAGCUCCGGAGCAUUCCCUUCCCAACUGUCAACGGAAUACUGAUGUGCCAGGCACUUUGAUGUUGCCUUGAGAACUUAGCGCAUGUUUUGAGCUUCUGGCAUUAUUUCUAAAUUGUACCAAUUGGAACAGAGAUCCUGGAAAAUCUGAUUAUAUUGAAGACCAUCUUAGUUUUGGGUUAAAGAGUAUGACCCAACUAGUAGUGGUUGAAACUUAAAACAAGUCCUUUUGCAGAAAGAAAACAAGUUACCUGUGAACUGUAAACAGAUAUUUCGAGUCUUAAGAGGCUAUCAUGGAGGGAUUUCCUUAAUCUUUUUGACCAAAUCUUUUCCCAAAUACGUAAAGUAAUAACAGUUUGAAGGUAGAGGUGAAAAAAUGAGUGUUAUUUUUACUGUUCGGGAAAAUCAGUGUCUACUAGAUGAUAUGGCAUGGGCAGAUUGAACAUUUUGCUAAUAUGAGAAAUUUUAGAAUGAUCCUGAUUGGUAAUAGUGAAUUCUGCUUGGACUCAGCACAGUAUUAGCAAAGAAUGAUUUUCACUAAAAUGUAGAUUCUAAUGAAUUACUUUUCAGCAACAAUUCAAACAUAUUGAAAACCUUUUCAAUUCCCGAUUAACCAAUAGCUGUGAAAAACAGUGUUCAUUGUUAGUUAAAAUGCAAAACCACCCACAACUGCUUCGAAGACCUUUACCUCCAAAACUCCCUAAGCUGCCUUUACCUAAGAAGAGAGUCUAUGCAGCCAAGACUGGUAAAGCUAAGCCAAAACAUGUGACGUUCACUCUAGAAGAAACCACUUCAACUGAAAGAAAGAAAACUAGUUUUCCUGAUGUUUCAAGAGAUCGAUCACAAACCCCUAUCAGUAUCCAAAAUCUCUCUCUUGAUCAUCAUGUACAAGAAAGAGUGGCGACUAUUUCAAUACCAAGAAAACAUCUUAACAGGGUCUAUUGGCACAUUCCAGAGACUGCUACUGGUGGCAUAUUUUUUCCAAGCUGUCAUUCGGCCUCAAGUCGAGUUUUUGGGAAAGAAACGAGCCAAACGGAAACUUCAAGAAAAUCAAAACCAGAAGUGUCAAAAAGAAAAAAUAUUUAUGUUGAUAACAUGUUCAAAGACAUUCUGAUUCUCUCCUCAGAGUUCUCCAGACCUGCAAGUGCACCUUCCGCAGUUAUUACUCCCAAACCCAAGGAAGUUCUCUCUGAGUAUCCACCUUUAUCAAAGAAGAAAACCUUUAUUUUUAAGCAGGCUCUGAUAGAUUUAAGUGAAACAGGGCCAAGCCCUCCACCAAGAAGUGUGCCUGUUAAAGCAGAAAGACAGUGGUCUGAACGUUUAAAGCAAAAUACUGCGGUGGUACUAACUAUUAGUAAUUUUCCAGGUCCCAUCGCCCUACCAACACCAAUUUUGCCAAGAAAACCUCGAAGACAGUCUUUGUUAGAAACUCAAGUAACAGAAUCUGACAAUGUGGAAAGCACGUCGAGGCAAAGCGUGUCAAACCUGACGGAAGGUAUCGUUAACAUUAAACCUAUAAAAAGAGAGGAAUCACAUGUGAUACGGGGUGAAGGUUUUAAGACUAUUAAUGCAACACGAUAUGAAACAAUAAUAGCCAUGACCAACCUAGCCAUAAUUAACUGUCAAGUACAUGGAAGAAAUGCACUUAAUCUUAAGGGUUUUUUUAUUAUGACUUGUCCAGACUUAACACCGUUGGCUUCCCAACUGAUAUAUCUUAACUUAUCCUUUAAUGAGAUCAGUUAUUUUCCCACAGAAAUAUUUUGUCUUAAAAAUUUACAACUACUAUUCCUGAGAAAUAAUCCUAUCAAAGAAAUCCCUUCUGAGAUUCAACGGCUUAAGUUCCUUAGAGUUUUCAGCAUCGCCUUUACUUUGAUCACUACCCUUCCACCUGGGUUAUUUUCUUUGGCCCAUCUUGAGGAACUCGAUAUCUCCUACAAUAGUGUUGCUUCUAUCCCAAACAAAAUCCAGAAACUCAGAUUACUUGAAAAUCUGAAUGUUAACGGGACCGAUCUGACUACUUUUCCACCUGCGAUUUUGAAGCUUACCCUGAAAAAACUCCAGUUUGAGAACACUUUCACGCAUCCUACUUUUUGGAAAGAGAAUUCUUUAAAUAGCCCCCCGUGUCUGACUCAUCUUACGUCCUUGUUCUUCUUAAAAAGUAAUCUAGACAAAUAUUACGAUGAGAUCCCAGUGGAAAUUCAAGAGCUGCUAAAAUGCCCGUCUACAUGUGAAUGGUGUCACGGUCCCAAGUUUGGUGAGGGUUUUCGAGUCAUCCGAUCCUGUGAUAUUUUUGGAGCAACACAGCUUCCUGUUUUGUACCAUGUCUGUUCUUCCUACUGCUACAGAAAAGUAAAGGAAAGCAGUUUUAUUUUAAAGAAUGAUCCCAGUAAAAGAAGAGCUCUAAAUUCUGAGUUGAUAAUCAUACAAUGAUUUAGGAGUCCCACUUUAAAAGCCAUUAAAGUUUGUGUAUAUGGUAAUUCCUGUCUUUGAGAGUACAGGUUCUGUCUUCUGUGACGCCUCUUUGUAACCCCAGCUCCUUAAGGAACUUUGUGAUUGUGAGGGAAUUGUUGCAGAAUAAUUACUUUAGGAAGAUUAGUAAAAGGUCUUUGGAUUUCAGUGAAGAUCUAGAAAAUUAUUGCAUGUUGGGCGUAAAAUGAGAACUGACAGAAUCCUUCGCAAAAAAAAACAAUUUAUCUUACAACUGGAUUUUUAGGGCAUCCAUUCCAAGUGAUAAGAUAGCAUUUCAAAGUCAACCAGUGGCAUUUGUGCCUCCUAUGGGUUCAAAGCCACGUACCCAAGUUCUCUUUGUGAAUGCUGUUCAUGAAUUUUUGUGGAAAUCUGCCCAGUGCCAACCAUCUCCAUUGUGGAUUGUUUUCGGUAAUAAAAGAUUUAUUCCAGUCCUA